UAAAGUAUCGCAAAAAUGCCCGCUGCUUGUAGACUAUCAAUUACUUAUCAUUUACGUUCAAUCCACACUGGAACAGUUCCAACUACUCGAUUAUCUGUCACUGUAUUUCCGGACUAAAUGAUUUAAAACUUAAUAUUUUAUAACAAAUUGUGCUCGCAUAUAACAUAUAAAGGGAUUUUGGACACCUUCUUGCAUAGUGUUGGAGUUAAAGAGAACAUACUUCAUAAGUGUGYAAACAUUAGUGUCGUAUGGUAAGCACUGAUCUCUGCAAAGCUAACGAUGAAGGUGCCUCAUAUAUUGAUCUUGGCUUUUUGUUUUUUGUUACUAAAUGAAAGCUGCUCUUUCUCCAAAGGAAAGCCACCAAGUUUUUGCUCAUUUGACAAUGGGUUUUGCGGAUUUGUUAAUGAUCAAUCUGGCACCGAUGACUUUGACUGGAUACGACUAAAACAUGCAGGAGAAACGGUCACAAGAUUUCGCAUUACAAGAUAUUUAAUAAGACAUAUUAGUAGACCAAUAGGUGGGUUUCACAUUCCUGGUUUCCCUUUCUAUGGGCGUCCUGUAUGGGAAACGAAGAAGGUUCCCUAUCUUGUGAAUAUACGUGGGCCUACGAGAGAUACUACUGGAAAAGGAUUUUUUUUGUACUCAAAGCCCCGACAAGAAAGUGCGAAAG